GACGGAGGAUACUGCAGUCGGUGCAGGAGAGAAAAUCUGUACAGAAGAUCAGUGCUUCAGGAUGAGUGAGACUAAAGGAUCUGCAGCAGUUGGUGGAAACAGCAAAACGUCUGGUGGUCAAGAUGCGUCUAAGAAGGAUGUUCCAGAGGACUUUGACAUCGACAUGGAUGCCCCUGAAACAGAAAAGGCAGCCGUCGCCAUCCAGUCACAGUUCCGAAAGUUCCAGAAGAAGAAGAAUGACGAUAAGUCCUAGUGGUGGCAGAGGGAACCUCUCCUGAUAGACACACCAGAGAGGUGUGGAGUGAUGCUGCAUGUGAAAGAAUUACAUUCAAUAUGGACUCAAGGACUGAGGUGGAGCUGGAGUAAAGACACGACACUUCAACCUACGGGAAAUUAUGCAAUUUAUUGGCAACUAAUGUUUAAAAAAGUCUCUUAUCUGCGUCGAGAAGUUUCUUGUAGUCACUUGUUCCAACAAGCUGAAAAUUCAGUGUAAUUUUAACAAAAAUAAAAAAAAAGAUUUCAUUUGGUUAUGGUGACUUUUCUCACUCACUAUUAUCUCAAUAC